AUGAGGCAGCAAACACUGGAUCAUACUUUUCUGGCAGUGCUCCUCUUGUCCCAGCUGCUGUGGCAUGCUAAUGGAAGCAAUUGUUCCAAGGAUAACUAUGUGAUCAAUGUAAUGGUACUGAAUAACACUGAGUAUCCGGUGACCUCGGCAAACAUUAAACCAGCUGUGGAACUGGGUCUGAUAUUGGUGAAACACAUCUUCAAAGAGAACAAUAUGACUGUCAAUGUUAAUGCCACAUAUGAUGGCUUCAACGCAUCUCUCUAUAUCUCACCAAGCUGCCGCACUAGCACUUGUGAAGGUGUGGAUCUCAUCAGGCAACUCUAUUUUGAUCAUAAGCUUGGGUGUACCAUCCUAGGUCCCACAUGCACUUUUGCCACAUACCAGAUGGUCUCAGUAGAGAAUAUAUUGGAACUUCCUCUGAUCUCUGCUGGGACUUUUGGAACAUCUUGUGACUUCAAAGAAAAACUAACCAGGAUGUUGACUCCAGCCAGAAAGGUGUCCUAUUUCAUGAUUGGAUUCUGGAAAAAUAUUACAUUUCCAUUCAAAACAGUCACUUGGGAAACUGCUUACAUUUAUAAGAUGACUAAACUCACUGAAGACUGCUACUGGUAUAUGAAUGCCUUUGAUGCUACAAAUACAGACUUCUCUGACAAAAUGAAAUUCAGGGAGAUCCUAAAGGAAUCCAAACAGCUGCAGAAUAUUGUGCAGAAUUCCAGUCGAAACAGCAAUGUGAUCAUCACAUGUGGUACCCCAGAUGACAUCAAACAUGCCCUAGGGAACGGGACAGUGGAUAAGGACAUAGUUAUUAUCCUGAUAGAUCUUCACAGUAAUACAUACUAUGAAAAUUCUACUUCAUACGAACACAUGAAGAACGUUCUUGUCCUGACCCUGGCACCAACAAACUACAGUGCGCUUUCAGACUAUAGUGGGGUUCCUGUGGAUCCUGAAAACGUCGAAUGGCUGAAAGAUGACUUCCUUGUUGGUUACUUGGAUGCAGUCUUGCUCUUUGGACAUGCCUUGAAAAAUCUUUAUUUCAAACAAGAAUCAAUUGGUCCUAAUGACUUCAUUGAUCAAUUCCGGGAGGUCACCUUUAAAGGUAUUCUUGGUCCUGUAACCCUAGAUCAAUUUGGGGAUCUUGAUGUCAAUUUCACCAUUAUGUACACAUCAACGGAAACACUUGAAUAUAAGAUCCUCCUACAGUACGACACAAGUCAGAAUUUGACCAUAAAGAAGUCAGAGAAGCCAUUUUUCACCUGGAGUAACCACAAGCUGCCUAAUGAUACUCCUAGCCCUGGCCCACACAUUCUGACUAUAGCUGUUUUCUCACUUACUGCGACAAUAGUGCUGGUUCUGGUCAUCGCUCUGCUGGUUUUGAGCAAGUACAGAAGAGCUUAUGCACUCCGGCAGAAGAGAUGGUCCCACAUUCCACCUGAGAAGAUACUACCUUUGGAGACAAAUGAGACAAAUCAUGUCAGUCUGAAGAUUGAUGAAGACAAAAGGCGUGACACUACCCAGAGGCUGCGUCAAGGCAAAUAUGACAAGAAGGUGAUUAUCUUGAAGGACUUCAAACACAAUGAUGGGAAUUUUACAGAGCGACAGAAAAUAGACUUAAACAAGCUCCUUCAGAUUGAUUAUUAUAACCUGACUAAGUUCUACGGAACAGUCAAGAUGGACACAAUGAUCUAUGGAGUGAUUGAGUACUGCGAAAGAGGCUCACUGCGGGAUGUCUUAAAUGAUAAAAUCUCCUACCCUGAUGGCACCUUUAUGGACUGGGAAUUUAAAAUUUCUGUCAUGUAUGAUAUUGCUAAGGGAAUGUCCUAUCUGCAUUCAAGCAAAACGGAGGUCCAUGGACGACUGAAAUCUACAAACUGUGUUGUAGAUAGCCGCAUGGUAGUGAAGAUAACUGAUUUUGGCUGCAAUUCUAUUCUGCUAUCAAGAAAAGAUCUCUGGACUGCCCCUGAACACCUCCGUCAUGGUGAUGUAUCUCAGAAAGGUGAUGUGUACAGCUAUGGGAUUAUAGCACAAGAGAUUAUACUGCGUAAGGAGACCUUCUACACUAACAAUUGUCAGGAUCAUAAAGAAAAACUUUACAGAGUAGAAAGCAGUGAAAGCACAAGACCAUUCCGGCCAGAUCUUUUAUUGGAGACAGAAGGGGAGAAAGAACAAGAAGUGUAUCUUCUUGUAAAAAGUUGUUGGGAGGAAGACCCAGAAAAGAGGCCAGAUUUUAAGAAGAUCGAAAGUACUCUAGCUAAGAUAUUUAGCAACUACCACAGCCAAACCAAUGAAAGCUACAUGGACACCUUACUUCGACGUCUACAGCUGUAUUCACGAAACUUGGAGCACUUAGUAGAAGAGCGGACUGAGCUGUACAAAGCAGAACGAGACAGAGCUGACAGGCUCAAUUUCAUGCUUCUCCCAGGACCCGUAGUAAAGUCUUUGAAGGAAACUGGACGGGUAGAGUCAGAACUGUUUGAAGAAGUCACCAUCUACUUCAGUGACAUUGUGGGUUUCACAACCAUCUGUAAAUACAGCACCCCUAUGGAAGUAGUGGACAUGCUCAAUGACAUCUACAAGAACUUUGAUCACAUUCUUGACCAUCAUGAUGUUUACAAGGUGGAGACUAUUGGAGAUGCCUAUAUGGUAGUGAGUGGUUUACCAAAGAGGAAUGGCAACUGUCAUGCAGUGGACAUUUCCAUGAUGGCUCUGGAUAUACUCAGCUUCAUGGGCUCCUUUGAACUCCGACAUCUUCCAGGCCUUCCUAUAUGGAUUCGUAUAGGAAUUCACUCUGGUCCAUGUGCUGCUGGUGUGGUUGGGAUUAAAAUGCCUCGUUAUUGCUUGUUUGGAGAUACAGUAAAUACAGCUUCAAGGAUGGAAUCUACAGGUUUACCUCUACGAAUUCAUGUAAGUGGUUCCACUAUUGCUAUUCUCAAGAGGACAGACUGUCAAUUCCAGUAUGAAGAGCGAGGAGAGACAUACCUAAAGGGCAAAGGAACUGAAAUUACUUUCUGGCUGACAGGCGUGAAGGACCAGAAGUACAAUCUUCCAACACCACCUUCUGAUGAGAAUCAACAGCGUUUGCAGGCUGAUUUUGAUGAGAUGAUAACAGACUCUCUGCAGAAAAGACCAAUAGAAGAAUUCCAGGUGCGAGGGAUUUCACGUGUGGCUAGUUGCCGCAAAGGCACUCUGGAAUAUCUGCAAUUGACUACUACAGAAAGCUCCAGCACUCAUCUGUAAACUCGAUAAAGAACUUGAUUAAAAAAUCCCAGGAAGUUAGAACUAAAUAUAAGAUAGAUGUUAUGCACACUCCACAUAUUUGCAAUAUUUCAGAGCACUGGUUGGUUGCAGACAGACUAGA